AUGUCUGAAGCUCGCCGUGAAAGAAGGCCCUCUGUUGGGGCCCCGGUUUCCGAGCUUCAGGGCCCCGUUGGUCCGGCCUUCAGUCGUCCCAAGCAUAGGCGGACCUUUACUGGCUUCGGACCUGCAGAGAUCAAAAGCGUCGAAGCCAGCAUCCCUGAGCAUCUGAGGGAAGAAUGGAGAAGAUAUUCCGCAAAUGGCUUCACCAACAAAGAAGAGUUUGAGCAUGAGCUAGUUCGUCACAUCGAGACUACGUUGGCUCGCUCGCUGUACAAUUGUGAUGAACUUGCCGCAUACUCUGGAACCGCCCUAGCCUUUCGGGAUCGCCUGAUAAUCGAGUGGAAUAAGACGCAACAGCGACAGGCGUUCGCUGAUCAAAAGAGGGUGUACUACCUCUCUCUCGAAUUUCUCAUGGGUAGGGCAUUGGAUAAUGCUAUGCUCAAUGUCGGCUUGAAGGACGUUGCGCGAGAUGGUCUGAAGGACCUGGGUUUCCGGAUCGAAGACGUCAUCAGCCAGGAACAUGAUGCUGCAUUGGGGAAUGGAGGCCUUGGACGCUUGGCUGCAUGUUUUCUCGAUAGUCUGGCAACGUUGAACUAUCCAGCCUGGGGAUACGGGCUCCGAUACCGAUACGGUAUCUUCAAACAGGAGAUUGUGGAUGGAUACCAAAUGGAAGUCCCUGACUAUUGGCUCGAUUUCAAUCCAUGGGAAUUUCCUCGCCAUGAAAUCACCGUCGACAUACAGUUCUAUGGCUGGGUGAAAAGAUCCCAGGACGAGAACGGCAAGAUCAUCAACUCCUGGGAAGGCGGCGAAACCGUGCAGGCAGUGGCAUACGAUGUUCCUGUCCCGGGCUAUGGCACCCGCACCACGAACAAUCUUCGAUUGUGGUCUUGCAAGGCGUCGAGUGGAGAAUUUAACUUCCAGAAGUUCAAUGCCGGUGAUUACGAGAGUGCCGUCGCCGAGCAACAGCGCGCGGAGACAAUUUCCGCGGUGCUCUACCCGAACGACAACCUUGAUCGGGGUAAGGAACUUAGGCUGAAACAGCAGUACUUUUGGUGUGCUGCGUCUCUGUACGAUAUCGUCCGGAGAUUCAAGAAGACAAAGAGAGCCUGGAGCGAGUUUCCCGAACAAGUCGCUAUUCAACUGAAUGACACCCACCCAACGAUGGCUAUCGUCGAGCUGCAACGCAUCUUGAUUGACAAUGAAGGCCUCGAGUGGGAUGAGGCGUGGAACAUCGUAACAAAUACCUUUGGGUAUACGAACCACACAGUCUUGCCAGAAGCCUUGGAGAAAUGGUCUGUUCCGUUGGUGCAGAAUCUUCUGCCGCGACACAUGCAGAUUAUUUUCGACAUUAACUUGUAUUUCCUACAGCACGUUGAGAAGACGUUUCCUCAGGAUAGAGAACUGCUGUCGCGAGUGUCAAUCAUUGAAGAGUCGCAUCCAAAAAUGGUCAGAAUGGCUUACAUCGCGAUCAUUGGGUCCCAUAAAGUCAACGGUGUCGCAGAACUGCACUCUGACUUGUUGCGGACCACUCUGUUUAGGGACUUUGUCACGAUCUAUGGUCCCGACAAGUUCACCAACGUCACAAAUGGCGUCACUCCACGCCGUUGGCUACACCAGGCAAAUCCACGACUGUCUGACCUUAUUGCUUCUAGACUGGGAGGAUAUCAGUUCUUGACCGACCUGACGUUGCUAGAUCAGCUCGAGGCCUUCGUCGAUGACAAGGCAUUCCAACGGGAAUGGGCAGAAAUUAAAACCGCCAACAAGCUCCGUCUUGCCAAGCAUAUCAAGGAAACCACCGGCUACAGUGUAAAUCCAAAUGCAUUGUUUGAUAUUCAGGUCAAACGUAUUCAUGAAUACAAGCGACAACAGCUCAACAUCUUCGGCGUCAUCCACCGGUACUUGAAGAUCAAGUCCAUGUCGUCGGAAGAGAAAAGAAAGACCCUGCCGCGUGUGUCGAUCUUCGGAGGCAAAGCAGCCCCGGGCUACUGGAUGGCAAAGGCUGUUAUUCAUCUGGUUAACAAGGUCGCGUCUGUGGUAAACAAUGAUCCUGAUGUUGGUGAUCUCUUGAAGGUGAUCUUUGUUGAAGACUACAACGUCAGUAAGGCUGAGAUCAUCUGUCCGGCAUCGGACAUCAGCGAGCAUAUCUCCACUGCUGGCACUGAGGGAAGCGGAACCAGCAACAUGAAGUUUGUCAUGAAUGGUGGAUUGAUCAUUGGAACCUGCGACGGUGCUAACAUCGAGAUCACCAGAGAGAUUGGAGAGCAGAACAUUUUCCUCUUCGGCAAUCUGGCGGAAGAUGUCGAAGAGCUUCGUCACCGACAUCUCUACGGCGAUUUUCGACUUGAUCCUCACUUGGCUAAAGUAUUUGAUGCAAUUCGAGGCGACAUGUUCGGUGACGUUGGCAAUUUCUCCGCUCUUCUCGAUUCCAUUGUUGAGCAUGGUGAUUACUAUCUUGUGUCCGAUGACUUCAAUUCAUAUAUCACGACCCAAGAUUUGGUUGAUGAGUCGUUCCAGAACCGUGAGGAGUGGAUAGCCAAGUCCAUCACUAGUGUGGCACGCAUGGGUUUCUUCUCUACGGAUCGAGUCAUCAAUGAAUACGCCGAAAGCAUCUGGAAUGUGGAACCACUCGAGGUGAAGGACUAG